AUGCCCCAAACGCCGAGUUCUACCAGUAUGUUUACCCCAUGUAGCUUCAGCCCUCAUCUACAUAAUUCGAAAGAAGAUGAGCAAGGAGGACUGAUCUUCCAGGAUGGAAACCUUACCUCAGCAUCUCUGGAUGCUCUAAUCCAGCAUCUCAUACCUACCACUGAUUACUACCCUGAAGUAAGCAAUUCAUACCUAUAUCUUUUUUUGAGUUCCAGACUCUUCAUCGAACCCCAUGAACUUUUGUCCCGAGUUUGUCACAAGUGCAUUGAGCAGCAGCGGCUGGAUGACCCUGUGCUGGACAAGGCUCGGAUCAGGAAAUUUGGUCCCAAAAUCUUACAGUUGCUGACAGAGUGGACAGAGACAUUCCCGUAUGACUUUCAGGAGGAGCGGAUGAUUGGCCAUCUGAAAGACAUGAUUCACAGGAUAGCUCCGUGCGAUGAGGCCUAUUGGAAAAAGAUGAAUCAACUUUUGCAAACCCUGAAUCAGAAGCUUGCAACCCUCAGCCAUGGGCAAGAAGGGAUUGUCAAGAUCAGUGCUGCUGUCUCCGAUAAGCUGGUUGCCUUUAAAAGCAAACCUCCAUCAAUUCAGAGAGAAAUCCUGAGCGUCUGCAGUGACCCUUACACUCUGGCUCAGCAGCUGACACAUGUGGAGCUG